AUGGACGUGGAAUAUGGAAUGGAAGUGAGAGAAGUUGGAAUAUUAUCGAUUGAAGAAAGAUGGAAUUAUAAGAAGAAAGAAAGAAAAGAAAAUUGUUUAAAGUAUCACCCAAAAAGUCAAAAGUUAUGA